AUGGUUUCAUUUAAGACUCUCGCCGUCAGCGCUGUUUUUGCAGCGAUUGGCUAUGCCCAGAAUGUACAGAUUACCGGGCAUCUCCAAGCCAAGAGCCCCGAACUUGGCACCGUUUAUGUAUACAAGCAAGCCAAUGACGGCGAAUCCAUUAAUUAUGCUCGUCUCGGCUCAGAGUCUCAAGGUCACCGUCUUGAGCUCCGAUCAGACGGUCUAAUCACGAAUCUCGAUACAGGAUUUUAUCUCAAUAUCCAGGAAAACUACGACGACGAGAAGUCAUUCGCCUUCAGGAACACUGCCAGCUCAGCCGAAAACGGCUGGACCCUUGCCGACGGCAACAGGCUUGUCUCCAACGGCAAUAAAUGGGGCUACCAGGAUGAGUUCCAAGCAUGCAAAUAUUCUGGCGGCCAAUACUAUGUCUAUCUUAUCACCCAUGUUGUUGAUAAUAUGGAGUGCCAUAGUCUUGGAGGUCUUUACUUCGUUUAG